CCAAUAGAACUAACUGAGAGGUUGGGUUACGUGGCCCAUGAUGAUAAAUACAGUGAUUUGCGCCGGGCUCGUUGCUCUUCUCCCCGAAGUAGGUCCGCCUGAUAAGAAUCCAGCUCAGUUCUAAGGCCGAGAAACAACCUUAUACUGCAAAUAUGUCCCGAAAAUUCUUCGUUGGUGGUAACUGGAAGAUGAAUGGCGACAAGGCAAGCCUUGGCGAACUCAUCAAAACUCUGAACUCUGCCAAGCUCGACCCCAACACUGAGGUGGUCUGCGGCGCCCCGUCAAUCUACCUUGAGUUCGCCAGGGCAAAGCUGGACCCUAAGAUCGGAGUGGCCGCUCAGAACUGCUACAAGGUCAAGGGGGGUGCCUUCACCGGGGAGAUCAGCCCUGCGAUGAUCAAGGACGUUGGCGUGCACUGGGUGAUCCUGGGCCACUCUGAGAGGCGCUGGGUCUUUGGAGAGACUGAUGAGCUUAUUGGUCAGAAGUGCGCCCACGCCCUGGAGAAUGGCCUGGGUGUCAUUGCCUGCAUCGGUGAGAAGCUGGACGAGAGGGAAGCUGGAAUCACAGAGAAGGUCAUCAACGCACAGACGAAGCACUUCGCAGACAACAUUAAGGACUGGUCCAAGGUUGUUCUGGCCUAUGAGCCCGUGUGGGCCAUCGGCACCGGCAAGACCGCAUCCCCCGCCCAGGCCCAGGACGUUCAUGACAAACUGAGGCAGUGGGUCAAGGCCAAUGUGUCUGAGGCAGUAGCCAACUCUGUCAGGAUAAUCUAUGGAGGUUCCGUGACAGGUGGCACCUGCAAGGAGCUGGGAGGCAUGAAGGAUGUGGACGGUUUCCUGGUUGGCGGCGCUGCACUCAAGCCAGAGUUCGUUGACAUCAUCAACGCCAAGCAAUAAAAACCCUGAAGUGGUCAGACCAUAUUUGAGGCGAACUCCAUUCAGACGAAACCUGAGCCAUUCUCCUCAAAACUCGGCACUUAGAACCCCCUUCCCUUAGCCUUUUUUUAAAAUUCUAUAUAUUUGUGAUGUCUUUACCUCUUUUUUGUUUUUUUUGUUUUAAUGUAUCAAAGAAAAGGAACAGUUUGACACUCAUACUAUACAGCAGUGAAAGGUGUUAGUUCCACUGAGUUUUUUUUGUACUAGCCUCCACUACUGUUUUUUAAAGGGACUGCGCUUGACCACACCAUCCUGGAUGGAACAACCCAUGCCUUUACUUGAAAGUUUACAAACUUUUAUGUAUACAGUGUCAAAACUAGCAAUCAGAUUCACUUGUCUUUGUACUAUAGAUGACUCUUUGUGUAAUUUAUGUUUUGGGUCUUAUCCCUUCCCAUAGAACACAUGAUCCGCUCUCUCAUUGGCUACUCGGUCAAGAGGGAGGCAUCCAUUACAUGUCCACCAUGUUUUGUUAGGGGGGGCUGACUGUUGUAAUAAAAGGUUUAGAGACUA